CUUAGAACAGUUUCUUGGCAGUCAUCCUGUGUUUGCUGGAGCCUGUUUAUCAGAUAUACGUACAGAACCUGACAUUGAGAAAGCUGAUCAAAGGAAAAUAGCAAUGAAAAGUAAAAUCACACAAGCGUCCAUGACGAAAACGAAUGAGGACAACGUAAUUCGAACCCUGCCUUCAGAAAUAGAUGUAACGUCUGAGGAAAACGAACAAAGAAACGGAAAGAGACAGAUUAUGCAUGUUAAGGCCACAAAGGCCAAUAGCAUUGAACUUGACCUUGAAGUACCUGCAGGAAUUUUCGAAAAUGCAGAAGCAAUGAGAAUGGCGAUUCUUACCUUAGUGAAGGCAAUUGUAGUUGCAGCAGAAGCAGAUGCAAGCAAAGAGGAUCCAAUUCAUAUUUUACUUACAUUUGAAAGUCCUUUAACUGAAGACGAAACUGCAACAGUAAUAGAUUUUUUUAUGAACACAAAUCAUUAUGGAAACCAUAGCCAAGGUGACAUACUAACGAAAAUAGAUGCAAGUUCACGUGACUGUUCAUUCUCUAAUGCGGAAGUUGGGAAUGCAGGUAACACAUUUUUGAACAAGAAUUAA